AUGAAGAAAUUCGGCUUCGGCAGCAAGAAGGAGAAGGGCGGCUCGCCAGCGUCGUCUGACAACCCCUAUGCCCAACCUCAAGAUGCCAACGACCCGUACGCCGGAGGCAAGCCCAUGACGGGUCCACAAGCAGCAUACAAGCAAUACCAGCAAGCACCCAUUGGAGGCGGGCUUCCCAGCGGCCCACGAGGCAGCGGUGGCCUCCCCGGUGGUCCAGGAGCUGCCCGAGGCGGUUAUGGUGCGUCCUCGUUGAACCGCAACGGCAGCACUGCCUCGUCCGAGACCGCUCCUCCGCCAUACAGCAACAACCAGUCCGCAGGCGGCUACGUCUCCGAUCGCUACGGUGCCCAAGGCGGGUAUGGCAGCAACCGAUACGAGAAGUCCGGAGGCUACAGCACUGACGCGGGGGCAAGGGGCCCCGGAGGUUACGGUGGCCUCGGCCGAACCAACAGUGACGACACCGAUGCGAACCGCGAUGCCCUCUUUGCUGGCGCCAAGGAUCGAUAUGCUACGAGACCACCGCCUGGACCGAGCGUACCAAGCACGGGAAGCGGGGGCUACGGUGCUUCUGGUGCCGCGUCUAGCUACGGCGGCUACGGCGAGCAGCGUGAACUCACUGCCGAGGAGCAAGAGGAAGCUGAGGUAGAUGAUGUCAAGCGCCAGAUCAAAGAAAUGAAGCUGGCAUCUGCCAACUCGGCCGAAAACUCAGAACGCAUUGCUGCCCAGGCCGUGGAGACGGCUCUGGGUACCUACGCAAGACUGGGUGCGCAGCACGAGCGUCUGAACUACACCGAGAGUCUCCUCGAUAAAGCCAGCAUUUCCACUCGCGAGGCCGAGGGCCAAACCAAGAAACUCAAGAGCCUGAACCGCAGCAUGUUCGCGGUCCACGUGGACAACCCCUUCACCAAGAAGAAGCGUGAGACCGAGUUCGAGCAGAGGACGCUUGAUCAACAUCGAGCGGAUCGAGACCUGCGCGAAACCACGCGCAAGGCGGGCUGGGAGGCAAACGCGCACAUGGAAGCCGGUUUCAAGGAGAUCGAGGGGUCCCGAAGCGUCAACAAGUGGGAGCGGGCCAGCGCAGCCGAGAAGAAGAAGUUUCAGUUUGAGGACGACUCGGAGGGUGACGAGGCCGAGGAUCGCAUCGAUGAUGCCAUGGAGCGGACGGCCGGUCAUGUCCACACACUUAAUAGCGUGGCCAAGUUGAUGGGCAAGGAAAUCGAUGCGCAGAAUACUGUUAUUGACAGUGUUGGCAACAAGGCUACUACCCUUGACGACAGAGCCAAGCUGAACACCGAGAGGUUGCGGAGAAUCCGAUGA